AUGGAUGCCACUGAACUUUCUUUUGGUUUCCUGCUGCUAUUCCAGAUCUGCGUGGGAGUCUCAGGAAAUAUUUUCCUCCUCCUGUUCUAUAUCCACAGAGUCUCUGCCAGCCUGAAGCUCAGCUCCUCCGACUUGAUCCUCUCUCACCUAGCCCUGUCCAACGCCAUAGUACUGCUUACCAGGGGAUUGUCCGAGAUCUUGUCGGCCUGGGGACUGAGGAAUUUCCUGAACAAUGUUGGCUGUAAAAUCCUCAUGUACAUGUACCGCGUGGCCCGGGGCCUUGCCAUCUGUAGCACCUGUCUCCUGAGCAUCUUCCAGUCCGUCACCAUCAGCCCCAGGACCCCCCCGUGGUCCCGGAUCAAAGCCAGGUUGCCCAACUGUAUCAUCCCCUCCUGUCUCCUGUCCUGGGCCCUCAAUCUGCUGAUAGACACGAGUUCAGCAGUCUACUUGACAGGCCCUCAGAACGCCAGUGUGCAUAGUCCUUUGGAUCUCAAGUAUUGCUCCAUUAUCAAUCCCGGUGCGGAUGUCACGCUAAUAGUUGGGGUGAUUUUUUCGCUGCGAGACCUCGUCUUCUUGGGCCUCAUGAGCGUGGCCAGUGGCUACAUGGUGUUUGUCCUGUAUAGGCACCACCGUCAGGUCCAGCACCUCCACGGGCCCGGACACUCGCCUGAGGUCAGCGCGGCCAAGAGAGUGGUCGCCCUGGUCACCCUCUACGUCCUCCUCUAUGGGCAACAUUCGAUCAUGCUGAGUGUCUUACUGAACAUGAGAGAGAAGUCCUCUCUGCUAGUGAAUAUCAACAUGGUGUUGGCAUUCACCUUCUCAGCGAUCAGUCCCUUCCUGAUUAUUCACACCGAUCGCAGGAUGAAGACCUUCUGGAAAAGGGAAUCUCUUACUUCUGACGGAAAUCUCUCCUAG